AUGGCGACCAUGUUGGACAUUGGCCAUCCAUCCGGCAGCGUCAAAAAAGAAGUGCCAUUUGAGGAGGUGAGUGACCGUGACGAAGAGCGGGUGAAAAAGUCGACCAUGAUGACGACGCCCAGCACCGCACCGCCCCGCAAAGCAUCGGAGACAAAACGACUACUUAGUUCGCGAUUGUCGCUCCAGCCGUUGCCGCCUCCGCCUCCGCCUCAGCCGGCAUGGCUCGUCAUAUAA